GCACCUCAAAUCAGCUCGCGGCUUUGAUAACGGGGGUCCGUCUGAGGACCUGGCCGCCCUCUGACAGUUUUUCAGGAUUCUUCUGGACUUCGCGCAGCUCCCGUCGCCGCGGUGACAACACCGUCCCUUCCCGCAGCUACCCGGGUCUCCCGGUCUCCACGGUAACCGGUGCUUUGCGACCUUCGGUUUGCAGCCGGUCGCGCUGCCAGUGCGGCAGUGGUUGCUGGGCGACGGCGGCGCGUGGCAGGGACCCGGGCGGUUCCUGGGGGGCAGGCGGGGGAAGGGGUCAUGGCGCUCGCGGGGUCCCCGGGGGGCGCGGGCUGGACCUGGCGGCCGGUGGCCCGGGACGCGCUCCUGGCGCGGGCCUUCCAUUCCUGCACUGAGCUGCGGGGACGCUUCUACCUGGUGGGGGGCCUCCCGGCCGGAGGGGCGACGGAGCCGAGCGGCGACACGGUGGUCUUCGACCCGGCGGGAGGCCACGCCUUACUGCUGGGGGCCCGGGGCGGCCCGCGGCGCAGCCACCACGACGCGGCGCCGGUGGGCGGGCGCUGGCUCUGCGUGGUGGGCGGCUGGGACGGGUCGCGCCGCGUGGCCACCGUAGCCGCGCUGGACACGGAGCGCGGAGCGUGGGAGGCGUGGAGCGCGGCCCCCGGCAGCCGCCCCCCCGCCGGCCUCAGCAGCCACACCUGCACCCGCGUCUCCGACCGCGAGCUGCGGGUGGCGGGCCGGGAGGGCGGGACCCGCACCCAGCGUCGCUACGGCAGCGUCUACACGCUACGGCUGGACCCCGGCGCCCGCACCUACAGCUAUAAGGAAGAGGGCUGUCACACAGCCUCACGCUCGGGUCACUGCGCUGCCCUGCUCCAAACUCCCGGGCCCCGCCCAGGCCACCAGCUCCUGCUCUUUGGGGGCUGCAACUCGGCUGAACCAGAAGUAGCCGGGCACUGGAGUCACGGGAAGCUUGGGGAGGAACCACAUGCUGCCCCCCAUCUGAGGGAGCAGCUUGCCAGGCUUGUGAGCACUGGGCAGGGGUCCCGGCAGGGGCCCCGGGGCCUGCGGCAUCACUCGUGUUCCGUGGUGGGGCCCUUUGCCGUGCUGUUUGGUGGAGAAACUCUGACCAGAGCCAGAGACACCAUCUGCAAUGACCUGUACAUCUAUGACACCCGCAGGUCUCCUCCUUCGUGGUUCCACUUCCCCUGCGCAGACCAAGGGCUGAAGCGCGUGGGCCAUCGCACCUGCCUUUGGAACGACCAGCUUUACCUGGUUGGGGGUUUCGGUGAGGAUGGCAGGACGCCUUGUCCACAGGUUUGCAUCCUGGACCUUUUUAUCUAAAGAAUAUGCCAAGACACAUCGCCAAGCUCCCGUUUUGUUGCAAACUCGCAGCGCGUUACCACCAGAGCGAUCUGCCUCAUUUCACCUGCUUAUUAAAUUUCAACCUGAGAGUCAA